UUCAUUUAUUUCUCUUCUUCUGCUGCUUGAAUUAACAGAAUACAGACAUACUCAGGAAGGAGUAACUAAAGGGAAAGAUAUAAAAGAUAUGACUGCUGUUGCUGUUGCUGUCACUUUGAGGUUUAUCAUGUGCUUGUUGCUCGCAGUACAUCUGUUUAGUGCUGCAUGGGGCGACACUAAUGCAUAUGCCCUUGAAGAUGAAGAAGACUUCUUCUCAACAGAAAAGAAUGUACCGGUGGAUGGUAUUCCUAAUGGAAGUGUUGCAACCAAAAGUGAAAUAAGGGGGAGGAAGAUGAUUCAAAACAAAGUCAUCAUCAAGAGGGUAGAAAUUAGAGGCAGUGGAGCAGCUGCACAUGGAGAGACAGCAAGUGAAAAUAAAGCAGUGGCUGGAAAAUUGGGCAGCAAAGGGAAUAACAUUAAUAGUAAGAACAAUAAGGAGGAACCCAUGAUUGGAGGAGGAACUAGUAAGGGAAGCAUUAGCCAUUUUCCUCAUAAAAGUAUGAAUAAUGAGGCAGCAGCUGGUUUUGUAGCUUUCAGUGCUGAUUACCAUGCUCCUAGGCAUCACCCUCCUAAAAAUAACUAAUUAAUAGAGGCUUAUAACUGAAAAUCUAAAGUUUGUUGCUCUACUUUUCUGUGUCUAAUAGCUCCUUUUUGUUUUAUAUUUUGAAGUAAUGCUUAGAUGGAUGCUACUGCAAAUGUUACUUGCUCAAAAGCAACUAAUUAGUUUUUUUGGUUGUUUAUAAGUGAA